CUAAGGAAUCUCAUAACAUACCCUUGGUAUACUGUAGGAAACACCGAUUAAUGAAAAUUGAGCUUCAAACUGCUUGCUUAUGUAUGCUUAUUUUACAAAUUUACCUAUGAAUCAAACGGGAAAAACAAACCCCUUUUCUCCCUGCAUCCGAUGUGCUGAUCUGCAAAGCAGGUUGCAUCAUUAUGGCAUACAAAGUCCCCUGUAGCACAUGAGUGGUGCAGUUUCUUCACUGUUAAAGAAGCCAUUGAACUCCAUGCAGUAUACCAAGGUCCGGAUGAAGCUGGGAUUGCUUUGAAGGAAGGAAGGAAGGAGUGAGGGAGACUGGGCUGGGACACCAUAAAGAGGGAGAACUAGACACUUUUCAUGUGUAACCAUGCAUUUCCCCUUUAGAUUAUUCUCUAUUAAACUUUUUUCUCUGUUAUUUGUGUGUGUGAUUUUUGUAGUGGAGAAGGCAUUUGCAGAGCCCCCUCCUUGAUGACUGAAACUGGUCCUCUGCAGCCAUCAGGGGAUUGUAGACAAUUACAAAAGGCCAGCCAGCAUUCAAGCCCCACUCUUCCCCCCCACCCCCACCCCCCCAGUGUUCUCUGCUUUUUGGUUUUGAAGGGCUUUUUAGUCAGAAUGAUGUAUUGUAGCAGGCCAAUAAAUUUGUAUGAAGUUAAAUUAUUGCAGUGUAGCCAGUUCAAUAUAAAAAGCCAAUUCUGGUGCAUACUCUGUAUGCAAAGGAAAAUCUUAAGUAAAAGCUACUGCUUUCAAAUUGUUAAAGUGCUAUACUAUAUUGCUACGCUAUUAAUUACGUGAGCUAAAUCCUGAAUCGAUCUUUGAAGCGGUUUGUACACUGCAAUUUCAUAUGUGUUACAUAUAUAUGGCAAAAUUAUAUAUAUAUUUAUAUAUAUAUAUAUACGUACACAUACAUACAUAUAUUACCUAUAUACCUAUUCAGGGAUUAUUAUCUUUGUUUACAUAAUAUUAACACGGUAAGAGACUGAGAAGGGAAACAGAAGCAUUGCAUGGCAUUUUUUUGGGCUGGGAUGACUAACUAUCACGUUAAGUGCCACUUUUAUUGCCUUCAUUUGUUGGCAGCACCUGUUUUAGUCAUGGUGAUGAUUCAUUUGCUUCACUGGUCCUGGGCUUUUCCUACUCAGUGAAAUGUGCACUAGGGGAAAAAUUGCACAUUUGUUGAGCUCUUUUGCCAGUGUACAUAUCUGUGUUUUCUUCCCCCAAGAGCAUAUGAUCGGACCAAAGUGAUGUUUGCAUUAACAAGGAGUAAGGCUCGACAUGCUGUAAAUAUCUUUGUGAACCCACUCCUCAUGACGCAAGAAGGAUCUAAUACCUUUUUAACGGUGGUCUUUCUUUUUUGUUGUUGUGUUUUACAGUUCUUUUUCCUGGUUCAGCCAGUCCUAUAUACCAGGCCCUGCUGAAAAUACCACCCAACAGUUUUGUCUUCUGCAGCUAAUCCUGUUUCUCAAGUGCCCUUUCUGCCCUUUCUGUGUUGUCUGUUUUCUGUAAAGAUGGCAGAUUUUGUUUCAAGUGAAAUUGAUUUUUCCGAUGUAUGCAUACCCAUGGAUCAUCUCAUAAGGUUUCCCUUAUUUAUUUUCCCUUCAGCAUUGGGCACAUAACUUACUAAUGUAAGCAGGGCUUUUGCUGGUAGUAAUCCUUGAUGAGCACACAGAUUACUGUGCUUUUGUUGUUUUAAGCGGGCAAGCACAACAAGGUAAGCAACCAGGCGGCCUGUCAAUAAUUAUACCGGCAGCCUGAAACAUUAGUCACCAGCAAAAGCCCGAAAAGUCUGAUUAAGAUUAAAUGUCUAGGUUUUUUUUUUUUUGUUUGUGUAUGGUAAGUUAGACCAUCAAAAAAAACAAACUGUACCAUGCUGUUGACUCCCAAAAAUCAUGAACUCUUUUGUUUUGUGUAUCUUGAUUUUUCUGUGUGCUUUAUAGCGAAGCCGUCGACGCGAGUCGCUUGUUCAUAAAACGUCUUAUGAAACUUGAGAGCACACCCCAGUGGAGACCGGCUGUGCUCGCUUACGUUUGGUUCAUGACUUAAAAAACAAGUACAGGAGUUAUUCCUGAUGAGACUAAAGCUUUGUCAUUGCUGGCGCCCGCUAACGCUGUAGCAGGCAUGUUGCCAGGCGGAGGCCUUCUGCCGACUCCAAAUCCACUCGCAUCCUGGAUUGAUGUUUUGCAGAUGGGAGGUGUCAUGGGUGCCAUGGGAGGUCCAACACUCGACCCUGCCCUCGCCGCGCUGGGUUUGCAAGGGUCCAACAUGAAUCCCCAGUCUCUGACAGCCGAUCAGCUCCUGAAGCUCAUGACAUCUGUAGAUCCAAACAGGUUGAACCAUAUGGCGGCGGGGCUGAAUAUGAAUCCUGGAAUGAAAGCAGACACCUCCAACAAAGAGAUUGAGGAGGCCAUGAAGCGGGUCCGAGAAGCACAGUCAUUGAUCUCCGCUGCGAUCGAGCCCGGGAAUAAGAAGGAUGACAAGCGGAAGCAUUCAAGGUCCAGGUCCCGAUCAAGGAGAAGGAGGUCUCGGUCUCGCUCUAGACACAGGCGGUCCAAGAGCAGAUCAAGACGCAGGACUCGUUCGAGGAGCAAAAGGCGCUCCAAAAGCCCUCGCAGGAGGAAGUCUCAUUCAAAGGACAGGAGCAGACGCUCACGGAGUAAAUCCAGGGAUAGAAAGAAGGAGAAGGAGGUCAAGAAGCGCUCCAAAACGCCCCCAAAGAGCUACAGCACCACCAGAAGGUCCCGAAGCAUCAGCCGGAGGCGCAGAAGAAGCCGCAGUGCGACCCGAUCUCCGAAGAAGUCCAGGUCCCCGAAGAGGAAGCUCUCCAGGUCUCCCUCUCCCAGAAGGCACAAGAAGGAAAAGAAGAAGGACAAGGAGAGAGAGAGGGAGCGUGACAGGGGAAGGAAAGAGGAGAAGGACAGAAGCAGGGAAGUAAGAGAACGGUCAACUAGCAAAAAGAAGAAGAGCAAGGACAAGGAGAAAGAGAGGGAAAAGAAGUCUGACACUGAGAAGGGAGAUGUGAAGCGCUCUAAACAUGGACUGUUGCAACCAGAGAUGACUAUUAAGGCAGAAGUGAAUCAGGUCACCAGAGAUUACGACGAGGAAGAGCAGGGCUAUGACAGCGAAAAGGAAAAGGAGGAGAAGAUUCACACUGACCAGAGUGAAUCCCCAAAGCCCAAGGAGCCUUCAGUGGACAAGACCGAAGGGGGGGUAACGGUGAAGGAGUCCAAAGUCAACGGCGACGAUCACCACGAGGAAGACAUGGAAAUGAGCGACUGAUCGCUUCCAAACGAAUCUGCCAUCCUUGCAAACCUUUUACUAGAAUGUGCAUUGACACCAUUCCACAAGCUUUUCGUUUAUUUUUGAAGACUGCAAGAAAUAUGCUUUAUUACUCCAUAGAAGCUGGCAGGUUAAAAUGUAGUCUUAACUUUGGGGGGGAAAAAAACUGCAGUGUUUUUUUUUUUUUUGUUGUAUUAAAACAAUUUGCAUCUUUCCAGUCUCAGUAGGAUAGACCAUGUAGGAUUAGCCAGUUUAUCUUAAGUAGGUGGAAUGACCUGUGUGCAUGUGAAAACUGUUCAACUUAAAUUGUUUGUAAUAAAAAAAUAAAAACAUACCACAAAAAAAUCACUUUAGGAAAAUGGUUUUAAGAUUUUAUUGCUGUAAUUUUGUCAAGGGCCUGUGAUGUUGAGGAGCCCUGAUACAUGUUGAGCACAAUUCAUAUUUUUUGUGCUUCAAAUUAUACUGAAGAGUAAACCGGUAGAGUAAACAUGAACUAUUGAAUUAUGUAAAUUUUAAAAAUAUUUGAGGAAUUGGUCACUUGUCAAAUACUGCAUUUUAUAUUAAGCGGAAUUACUGUAAUUUAGAUGUGGCUUGCUUUCAACUAGAAUAAUACUUUUCACUGAAAGCUCUAUCUGGUGGAGUAUAAAUUGCAUUUGUUGUCCUUGCUUCACUCGACAGUUAAUACAGAUUUGCUAUUCAUGGAGUCUUGUGGUUGCUUUCAAACUUCCCCUUUCUCAUAAUAUCCAGUAGGUUGAAAUACUUUUUGUGGGUGUAAUCGCUCCAUGUCCCUGUCAAAUUUUGCCAUGUUUUAUUAGUGAAAACCUUUGAUAAUAAAACUUGUUGGAAAAA